UCCGGUGAGCCUCGGGCGUCUCGUCUCCCGAAGACUAAUCCGGCACGGCUGACGCAUGCAACGGCACGUCCCAGUCGGACGGCGGCGAACGCAACCGCGGCCGACGCAUCAUACAUUUUUUUUUUUUUUUUUUUUUUGAACGACGCAUCAUACAUAUAAGUCGCCUCCGCUUCACCCUAUGGCGUCCGCCGCCCCCGCCCGUCGUCGUCGGUCGGCACCGUCAGCCAGGUGCUCAGGCAGCGCGCUCUAAUGGCGCACACCGCAGCCGCGCUAGGCCUCACUAAGCCCAACGUCGUCGAGCCGCUCCAGGUCUCUUUCGCCGCCAUAGGCAUCGAACCAUCCGAUUGGGAGGGAGAUGUGCUCGCCGUCGCGGUCACGGAGAAGGACCUGUGCAGAAGCCCAUGCUCCAGCUUCGAGAACGCCGUCCUGAAGCGGCUGGACAGCCAGCUCGGCGGCCUACUGUCGGAGGCCUCGGCGGAGGAGGACUUCGCCGGGAAAGCCGGUCAGCUGGUGGUCCUCCGCCUCCAGGGGCAGGGCUUCAAGCGGCUGGGCCUGAUCGGCCUUGGUCGGAGCGCCCCGUUCACCGCCGCGGCUUGCCGGGGCCUCGGUGAAUCCUUCGCGUCGGUCGCCAAGUCCGCUCGAGCCGGCAGCGCAGCUCUUGCUCUCGCCUCCCCCGGCGGGAUCCACGGGGAGUUCAAGCCUAAUGCAGCCGCAGCAAUCGCUUCCGGUACCGCAAUCGAUCUUUGUAGAACUGUGCUCGGAUUGUACGAGGACAACCGAUACAGAUCUGAAUCCAACAAGGUGCAUCUCAAACAUGUACAUCUCAUUGGAUUUGGAUAUGGUCCGGAGGUGGACCGUAGACUUGAACUAGCCAAUUAUGUUUCCUCAGGGGUGAUUUUUGGAAAAGAUCUUGUGAACUCACCUGCCAAUGUGCUUACCCCCGUUGUGCUUGCGGAGGAGGCGUCGAAGAUUGCUUCGACGUACAGUGAUGUAUUCACUGCCACGAUAUUAGACGAGGAGAGAUGCAGAGAGCUGAAGAUGGGCUCCUACUUGGCUGUCGCGGCGGCUUCUGCAAACCCUCCUCGCUUUAUCCACUUGUGCUAUAAACCUCCUGGUGGAAAUGUCAAGAGAAAGCUAGCUAUUGUGGGGAAGGGUCUAACUUUUGACAGUGGUGGAUACAACAUUAAGAUUGGAGCAGUUUGCAAUAUUGAACUGAUGAAGUGGGACAUGGGAGGCUCUGCAGCAGUACUUGGUGCAGCAAAAGCCCUGGGCGAAAUCAAGCCUCCUGGAGUAGAGGUCCAUUUCAUUGUUGCUGCCUGUGAAAACAUGAUUAGUGGGACAGGCAUGAGGCCUGGCGACAUUGUGACUGCUUCUAACGGCAAGACGAUCGAGGUAGAUAACACUGAUGCAGAGGGGAGGCUCACACUUGCUGAUGCUUUGGUCUAUGCUUGUAAACAAGGUGUUGACAAGAUUAUAGAUCUGGCAACGCUAACUGGUUUCUGCCGUGUUGCACUUGGCCCAAGCAUUGCCGGGAUUCUGACACCGAGCGAUGAACUCCACGAGGAAGUGGCCGCUGCAUCCGAGGUGUCCGGAGAGAAGUUCUGGAGGCUGCCACUAGAAGAAAGCUACUGGGAGACGAUGAAGUCUGGUGUUGCUGAUAUGCUCAACACCGGCGCUAUUCCACAGGGCGGCGUCAUCACCGCUGCGCUAUUCCUGAAGCAGUUUGUCGAUGAGAAAGUUCAGUGGAUGCACAUCGACGUUGCUGGGCCGGUGUGGAGCCACAAGAACCGGUCGGCGACUGGAUUCGGCGUCUCCACCAUGGUGGAAUGGGUUCUCAAGAACUCGUCGUCGAUCAACGAAGAUGAAGCCACGCAAGGGGGAGAGGAACUUGUCUGAUGUUAUCAACUAUACUAGAGAAGGGGACACAUAUUUGAUCAAACUUCACACAUGCAUGUAAUUUCGAUUAGUCAAGUCUAAUUAAUGCAAGAGGCUUGCUUCCUCUAGUGUAGUACAAGUUGUGGAAGAUUGGGAGGAUCUGUUUUCAGUUCUGAGCUCAGCAAAGAUGGACCGGACACUGAACUAA